AUGACGAAGCACCUGCAGUCCCGGGGCGGCUUGCUCACGCUGCCCGACGGGCCAUACUCCAACAGCAACCGCGGCAGCAGAGGCGAGGUGCUGCGCUGCGACCGCGUGCUCCUCGUCGCGGGCGGCAUCGGCAUCACGGGCGUGCUAGCCUGGGCGGGCUACCAGCACUGGAACGUGAAGCUGGUGUGGAGCGUGGUAGGGUCUGCGCGCUGCCUGGUUGAUGCGGUCGACCUGAGCCGUGUGGUGGUCGCGGCCAAGGAGGUCCGCGUCGGCCGCCGGUUCGACGUCGACGAGCUGAUUGCUGACGAGGAAGACGCCGGGUGGGCGCGCGUCGGCGUUGUCGUGUCGGGGCCCGGUGGGCUUUGUGAUAGUGUCAGAGCUGCGGUUGCCACUGCUGGUAGGAGGGGCAGGACGGUUUUGAAGCUCAAGGUUGAGGCUUAUUCGUAG